AUGUUUGACAAAUUUGUGGCGGGUCUCGUCACGACAUACUUGGGGAAUUACUUUGAAAACGUGAACAGAGAGCAAGUGAAGGUCUCAUUGUGGAGUGGGCAUGUGAGUUUGAGGAAUCUGCGCUUCCGUAGGGACGCUCUGCGGGCAUUUGAUACUGCGGUGUGUGUAAAGGAAGGUUACAUUGAUGAAUUGACGGUUAUUGUUCCAUGGACGCGCCUGCAUUCGGAGUGCGUAGUGGUGGAAGUAAAAAAGGUCCGUGUUUUGCUGCGGCAAAAGACGGCUGCCGGGUAUGAUCCGGCACGUGAAAAACAAGAAGCGUAUGAACGCAAGCUGCACCAACUGAACCUGUUUGAGGCGCUGCUUCAACAAGAACUUGCAGGAGAUACGAAGAUGGAGACAACUCCAGUAGCCCACAAUGGAGUUCCCACAGAAGGCGUACUAGAGGAAGAGGAGGAGGCAUUUUUGGAAGCACAGAAGGAUGUCACUUUUGCAGCACGUCUAAAGGCCGUCAUACUGAACAAUGUUCAACUGAUGUUGAAGGAUGUCGUUGUACAAUAUGAAGGCUGCUAUGCAUCUGGAGGGGGUGUAGAUGCAGGGACGGAUCAACUUGUGGGUCAGGACUAUCAUUCUUUUUCUAUUGUAUUGGAUAAUUUUCGAACGUAUGCGUGUGAUGAAAACUUUGCUCCGCACUUCACCGCAGCAAAGGAGAGGGUGUUGUACAAGAAGGUGGUGCUGGAGGGGGUGCGGGUUCUUCUCAACGCCACCACCUUUUCCAUGCAAAGAUCUGGAUGCAGCGAUGACAAUUAUGCAGCCGAAACCAUACAGGAUACGGAAGAGGCAUCAUUAGGCGUCAUUAGAGGACUGUCUAGGAAAACAACACCAUCAACGUUACGGCAGAGUCUACCAGCGCGGUGCCAUCGCAUUAUUUCACCCUUUAGUGCAAUGGCCUUUGUGCAGUACCAGCCGGUGCCAUACCGCGCCGACCUUCCGACGUUCCGCAUUGAACUGCACGUGGAUCGUUUGCGUGCUGUGUUAUCUCGUGAGGAAUGGGCAAUACUUCUUGCCUUGUGGCGCGAGGCACGUGACGGAGAAGAGUAUGAUGUACUGCGUCACUUUCGGCCCGUGGGCGCCGAAAAGAAAAGGCCCACCGACAAUGCGCGCGCCUGGUGGGCAUACGCCAUUCAGGUAAUUCUGCAUCGUAUAAGGCGGGUUCGAGAACGCCGCGUUUUUGUGUGGGAAAAAUACAAACGCCUCAAAGCGGCGAGAGAAGAGUACAUGACACUGUUCAAACGCGACAGGCGAAGACAACUGGAGGCCAACUGGCUUACAGAACUUACAAUGGAAGAGAAAACGCGACUCCAAGAUUUGGAGAUGGAACUGCCGAUGGAGUCCAUCAAAAUAGCACGUCGACUCGCCUACCAUAGAACGCAUCUAGAGCGGGAACAGAGGGAGACACUGUUGGAAAGGCGACGGCAAAAAAAAAAUCAGCAACAAGAAGAAGCCGAAGGGAAAUCUGGAGAGAUGGGGGAAGAGCCAAACGGGCAGCCCGCCAUGGAUGUCGCCCACACAGACGGGAAACGCCGUUCAAGUUGGUGGAGUUGGUUAUUCUUUUCAAAAACGCGGAACACCCAGGAAGAGAAUGCGGGUGAUCCGGUUGGCGAGGAAACUCCCGAUAUUCAGGCAGAGAUUGAAGAAAUGUUUCAGCUUGUGAAUGCAGAGCGUUGGACAGCUGCGCAACGCCUCGCCAUUGCCAAGGAGUUUGGCAUUCCCGAGAGUGAGGUGGAAAGCCUUUCCGAUGCUGGCGGUAGUGCAUCAAAUGGAAACUUUGAGGGGGUUCGUUGGCAAGUUUCUCUCCGUGCGCAUGCACUCGAGUUAAUGUUGCGCGAAAGUGAUGGGGAAUGCGCAACCUUUGCAACGUUGGCGAUGGAAGGACUCACCGCCAACUUGGUGUACAUGUUUAAUCGCUGCUUUUCUUUUAGCCUGGACGUUAAUGAUUACAUGGUGCUUUCGCACUUGAAGGAGCAAUCGCGUGUGGUGAGUAUUAUU